GACGCCUGUGUUUGUAGUGUGUAUCCAAGCCAACGGGCAACAUGGCGUUCGGUGUGACCUCACAAUGCCCGUCGCACCUGACUGGUCCCGGGUAUGGGCGGGGCUUCGGUGGCAUUCCCGCUGGUCAUUGGACGAGCCGCGCUGCCGGGCCCAGGGAGAGGCGCUCGGUGCGUGCAGGUGGCAGAACAAUUGACGCCCCGUCUCAGCCCGUGGCGGGGGGGCCGGUUUGCGCCGAGUGCCCCGCGAGCCGGAUGGCAUCUAACUACAGAAAAGCUGGCGUGGGUGCUUCCCAGCGGAAGAAAAGUGGAUUGAAACCAGAACUAACUGAAGAACAAAAGCAGGAGAUCAGAGAAGCUUUUGAUUUGUUUGAUACUGAUGGAUCUGGAAGCAUUGAUGUAAAAGAACUGAAGGUAGCAAUGCGUGCACUAGGCUUUGAGCCAAAGAAAGAAGAAGUUAAAAAAAUGAUCACAGAUAUCGACAAAGGAGGAAGUGGCACCAUUGAAUUUGAAGACUUUUUGGCCAUGAUGACCCAAAAAAUGAAUGAGAAAGAUUCAAAAGAAGAAAUCUUGAAAGCCUUCAGAUUAUUUGAUGAUGAUGGGACAGGAAAGAUUUCUUUCAAAAAUUUGAAGAGAGUUGCCAAGGAGCUAGGAGAGAAUUUAACAGAUGAAGAAUUGCAGGAAAUGAUUGAUGAAGCUGAUCGAGAUGGAGAUGGAGAAGUAAAUGAGCAAGAGUUUUUGAGAAUCAUGAAGAAGACAAGCCUAUAUUAAUGUUUGCUAUUGCCUUCACUUAGGGUUGUUUUAAAAGAUGACUUGGAAAAGACUUUAAAAAAAUAUUAGCUUUCACCCUUUUUUGAUGUUUCAUAACAUAUAAAGAAGGCCUAAAAGGGGAUGUAUUUUUGUUUCUUUUCUUUUUUGGAUAGUGUUUUUUAUGAUAAAAAUGCAGGGUCUAUAUAGCCUAGACGACUGUGGGUGACAGAAGAACUAGUGAAAUGAGACAUCCCAGGAGUGAAAGCUGAGAAGUAGAGUUAGUCAAACUAUUACUCAGUUUUUUGUUUUUGUUUUUAAAUGUAUGUAAGUUCAGUGACUAACACUUUAGAGAAAGGACAUUCAUGGAAACACCCAUGCCCCUUCAUUUAAGAUGUGAGAGCCGAUAAUACAACAUGUUCUCCAGCAAACCUAGAGAUGAACUGAGUUGACUUCUUUGAUAUUUCUAAUGCAUUAAAAUUAAAUUAUAGGUUGAGUUUAUACUUCCAAAAGAAACAAAGGCACAAGGCCAAUAUUUUUGUUCUUGUAAGCUUUUCAGGUUUGGUGGCUAUCAUGUUUUUUUCCAUUAAGGAAUCUAAAAUCUGUUGCAUAUCCAUCUUUAUUGUUCCUGUGGCUGGUUGCGUUGGGACCCUGUGGAAGGUAUGUGUAGUAGCAGAUAGCCAUGUACAAUACAACUCCUGUUAUCCCAAAUGCCUUGCUAUCUCUAGAUGUUGUUUCAUUUCACAAUCCAAUGAUUGUCUGAAAUCUGGCUUGUCUGGACUUGGUUUCUCUCAUUUUGUUUAGAUUAUCAAAGUUGUACUAUAUAAUCAUUGUCUUGUUCCCAGGUACUGAUGUCUGAAGCAUUACUGAGUUUCUACUGUUCUUUUAAGUACUUGGAGUGAAAUUCAUCUGUAGGCACCACUGAAGGCCAGGCUGUAUACACAAGAGUAACUUUACAACUCCUUCAUACAAUCUGAUAGCACCUUGACAGUUCAGAAAUAAUUUGUUAUACUAUACAGAUGUCAAGAACUAGCAAAUUAAGAGGUUUCUAUGCAUAUGGGAGCUGCUUUUUAAUUUUUAUUUUAUAGGCGGCCUCAUUUUGAGAAUGUCCAGGUAUUGCCAAUUUCAGCCUAACUGGUGCUUCUCAACAUUUCCUUUCUGCACACAAGCAUAUGGCAGUGAGGCUUAACAUGUCAUCUAAGGACAUAAUCCAGAGGGAAUUAUCAUCCUUGAUUCACUGUCAAACAACCAAAUAAAAAGUUGUAAGGAGGCCAUACAACCUAAACUGUGUCUCUUGAUUACAGCUCCUAAAUGGAGUUCAGAAGGGGGAGUGUAACACUUGCAGUUGCUUUUCAGCUGCAAGGCCCCAGCAGGGGAGAGCUAGUCCCAGCUAAGGAAGUGGGGAGAGUUAGUUUAUGUGAACUCUUGAUUUGCAGAUGCAGAGCUGAUAGGUUUUGUUAGAAUCAUUCUGGCUUCGGGCUCUGUACUGAUCUUCCUCUGUAUAAGCUAAGCCACAGUUAGCUUAUAUAGAGGUGGGCUCAAAUCCCUGGAUGGCCCUAUGUAUUGAACUGAGCCUAUAUGAACUAGACCAUUUAAUUUUUAUCAAGUCAAUGUUAACUUUUUCUACUGCAGUAGAUGUGAUCUAUGGCACUGUAAGCUUUUUUUAAAAUACAUGGUUCAACUUUGUAUAAAGUGAAAUAAAACAGUUUUGCAAGUAUACUACUUGUGGAGUUGAGUUCAGGAAAUUGAAUGUACUAUCUAAAUAUCACUGUUUUGAUUUGUGUGUACAGCAAUUCUGGACAAGCUUUUAAUUCUGUAUUUUAUAACACUUUCCAAAAGAGAAAUGCAUAGCCUCUAAAUAUUCUGUCAAAUAAAACUUUUUUCCCUGGCA